AUGGGCUCUUCUUCUCCAGAGGCCUAUGAAGACACUCUUCCCCUGCGGGAACUUCCCACUGAGACCUCCCUGGGCGAGUCCGAGACCUGGGACUUGUACAGCUCGGCCAGCGAGGGCCCCCGGAGCUACGAGACGUCUCCGGCGUCGGACGAGCAGCUCUCGUGGAUUGCGGAGCAGCAAACGGAGUCCCGCAGCACCAGGGGGGCCCCCCCCUCCCAAGGCCCCCAGCCUACCCCUCCUGGCCCUCGUGGCACUGCUCGUGGGCGCGGCCUUCCUGGCCAGGGGGGCCCCCAGGCUCCUGGGGGCCCCCCAGUUGAGGCUCUUUGGCCAGCAACUCCCGAGCUUGGGGGCCCCCCAGGGGGACUUGGACACAGCUUUAGAGGCACAGAAGGACAAUAA